AUGGGGAGAUCAAUUUCUAGUUCUUCAUCAAUUGCACUAAUCUACCUCUUUCCCUACAUUUUUCUAUUAAGUGUUGAUCUCUUUGGUACAAAUUUAAGAGCAAAUGCUGUCACCGAGCUAAUUCAAAAAGCUUGUGAUUUCUCUAGUGUACAAGAGUUUUGCUAUAAUGUUUUGGGAAAUGAUCCUGUGGCUCAACGGGCAAUGACUAAGUUCAAUAUUGAGGAUGUUGCAAUUCAAUUUGCAUAUACAAACUACACAUAUAUUCAUAGGAAGGUUUGGACAAUCACAAAUAAUGAAACAAAUCCAGAAUAUAAGCAAAUUUAUAGGAAGUGUCUCCAUCAAUAUGUACUUCUAAAAUCAGAUUUCGAGAAGUUGUUUCAUACCUUAGUCUUCAAAGGUAAUUUGGAUGAAGCUGCUCAACGUGCAUAUACUCAUCUAUUCAGUUGUACCGAUUAUUUCUAUCAAUCUCCAAAUGUUCCAAAUCCCUUGGCUAAGGAUAAUGAACAUCUUGCCUACUUCUUUGAACUUAUUAGGGAUAUUUAUUUCGCACCUUUGUGA